GUGGUUCAUAUGCGGCUACCGCCGAAAUACAACAAUGGCGACGAAGAUGGGAUCUUUUCGAGGGGCGUAACCGCGCCUGCAACUUUACUACGCCAUGAGCUGUAUCGGGCUCGCUCCGCCGCCCCCAUUCUUGCCUGUACCCGGCCGCCCUCCUGGUCCCUGGCCGCAAUGGUACCGGAUGUUCGAGAACUUUCUGCUGGCAUCAGGAGCAUCCGACUUCAAGCCCGAACGUCGCAAGGCCCUGCUGAUACACAGCCUCGGCGUUGAGGGUCAACGUAUCUUCUCCAGCCUACUGCUUACGUCGGAUGCCGCCCAGAGCGGUGAGUCAGCUGCCGGCGGUAAACGUAGUAAGGAGAGCGGAGACGCCGCUCAGCCUUCCGUUUAUGACGAAGCUAUCGAAACCUUAAAGCAACAUUUCACAAACACAAGCAAUGUCGUCGCGGAAAGGCACCGGUUUCGCCGUCGUAUGCAACAACCGGGGGAGUCUGUACAGGAGUACGUUACUGCACUACGUGCUCUCGGGGUAGCAUGUUCUUAUGUGUCUCUGGAAGACCCGCUUCAUGACCAGUUCGUGGAAGGGGUCGCGUCCCAGCAUCUUCGCGAACCCCUUCUCCUUGAGGGCUCGACCCUUUCGUUCCCCCGAGCAGUGUCAUUAGCUUCACAAGUCGAACAGGCCAAUGAGGACAUUCGAGAAUUUGCUUCCGGCAAUGUGCAGCGCAUAUCAGGGCACUCUCGCUUGGCGCUAUACGACCAUAGAAGCACUGGAACGCGCCACACUCCGCGUAACGACGCGCCCCUGCGUGAACCUCGUACCGAGGCGAGCCUGCAGCAUGACAGCCGCCAACCUGUCUCGUAUCUGCGCCCAUACAACUCGUCCUCUCACUGCUAUCGUUGUGGUUCGCGCCAGCACCGUGCCGCAUCAGCCCGCUGCCCAGCCCAAGGUCAACGUUGCUAUCAUUGUGGUCUCAUUGGUCACUUCAGCGCGGUAUGCAACAAGAAGCGACGGGCCGUUGCGGUUCGUGAGCUUAGCGAACAGACAUUGCCCGACAAUGAAACCUUGCCCGACAGUGAAACUGACAAUGAAGCUGUGAGCAUUCUAUGUGUGACCGCGUCCGGCCGCGCCGGAAUUCUAGUGGAGGUAGCAGUUGGUCACACGACUUUAACAUUCCUUAUCGACUCGGGAUCUUCAGUCUCCAUUCUAGCGGGGGAUCUUUUUGAUAAACAUUUUGCCGAACAGGUGCUGCUGUCCGCGCCCCAUGUGCAGCUGUUAGAUUAUUCCAAAAAGCCUAUUCCAGUGCGAGGGUGCUUUCUUUCGAAAUUCGCAUACAAGGAACGCGAGGCGUCCAUUCUGUUCUACGUUGUCUCGCAAGGUACAUCGCUUCUGUGUAUCGACGCCAUUAUUGCUCUUGGCUUCCAGAUUGAUGGCUCGUCCCUCCGCUGCCUUGAGACUACUACGUCAACUAGCAGUGCUACCAACGUACAAGUUCCAGUUCAGGAACCGGUUUCAUCUGCACGUCUUCCAGCACAGUUGCGCAAUGAAUUUGCAUGUCUUUUCGACUCCGCCCUCGGCCUAGCAAAUGGGUUUGUGCAUCGUGUCAAAGUAAGGCUCUCGAUUCCGCCCGUUGUAGCAAAACUUCGCCGCCUUCCUCUUUCACUCCGAGCUCGGGUAUCUGAGGAACUUCAUCGGCUAGAGCAGUUGGGCGUGAUAGAGCGCAUUAACGCUUCAGAAUGGGUGUCUCCGAUUGUUGUUGUUCAAAAGACGGAUGGAGGCAUUCGUGUUUGUGUGGACCUACGGGAGCCUAAUAAAGCUGUCGUGACGGAUAGUUUCCCUCUUCCACACACAGAAGAACUCCUCCACAGUCUUUAUGGGGCAACGAAUUUUUCGAAGCUAGACCUCGCGUCGGCCUAUUACCAGGUUUUGCUCGAUCCUGAAAGCCGUGACUUGACCGCUUUCAUAACUCACGAUGGCCUCUUCCGCUUCAAGCGCGUUUGUUUCGGGUUGGCAUCCGCCACCGCUGCAUUUCAACAAAUCGUGUCGAAAAUCCUUCAAGGAUGUUCUGGUGUUUUGUUCUAUAUCGAUGACAUCAUUGUUUUCGGUAAGAGCGAACAGGAACACUUGGCCAACCUGACCGCCGUACUGCGGGGCAUUAAGGAAGCAGGGCUCAAGUUGAAUGACAAGUGCGUAUUGGGCGUACAGGAACUUUCCUUCUUGGGACACAGGAUCACACCGCAAGGCAUCUCUCCUUUGCCAGAGAAAAUUGUUUCCAUUAUGAAUACUCCGGCGCCCACUGAUAGUACUAGUCUGCGCUCUCUCCCCGGACUGAUCGAGUAUUAUGCCAAGUUCGUUCCCAGGAUUGCUGAUGUGGUAGAACCAAUGCGAGCUCUUCUCCAGAAGAACCAGCCAUUCAUAUGGAAUGAUGCUGUAGACGCCAGUUUCGCCCAGGUGAAGUUUCUGCUCUCUUCCAGCAAAGUCCUGCAGAUGUUUGAUGCGUCCCUUCCAGUUGUAGUGUCCACUGACGCGUCCGACUGCGGUCUGGGUGCUGUUCUCCAGCAGGUAAUCGCUGCUGCCCAUGAAGCUCACCCUGGUAUUGUUCGAACAAAAGCUCGGCUACGAGAACGGUACUGGCGGCCAGGCAUGGAUAGGCAAGUGGAGCUGUCCAUCCAGAACUGCAGCAUAUGUCAGAUGGCUGACAAAAGUACGAAGACUGCUGCCACCCUUUGCAGCCAGUACCCCUGCCAGAGCGUCCAUGGCAGAAGCUUGCUGUUGACAUCGUCGGCCCUAUAG